AUGGAUUGUGAAUCUGUGAUCUAUAUUUCUUCCCAACCAGUUGUCAUUAGAGUGCUACGAGAGGUUUUUCCAGCAAUUAAGCUGCCUCAUGUAUCAAAGAUGUCUCAAUAUGGUUUGCGAUCUCUGUUUCCCAUGGAAGAUCAUGCUGUAAUGGGGAUUUUGGAGUUGUUGCCAUAUCUUUACAUGAUUAGAGUAAGGCUGAAGGAAACAGUGGAAGCAGCUUUCUUGUUUAAACCGCACGUUGUUGUGACAGUUGACGCAAAGGGUUUCUCUUUCCGUUUCCUCAAAAAGCUACGAGCUUCUUAUAGUGUUCAACAGUUAGACAGUCCUAUGCAUUUCCAAUAUGUCGCACCAUCGUUCUGGGCAUGGAGAGGUGGUGAAGCAAGACUCAAGUGUCUAUCUCAAUUCGUAGACCACGUUUUAUGUAUUUUGCCUUUUGAGGAAGAAGUUUGCAGGGUAAAUGGGCUAGCCGCGACUUUUGUAGGAUAUCCAGUGUUGGAAGAUUGUUUGGAGCUGAAUUUAGUAUGUCUUUUGACUUCUUAG